CAGCACUGGUUGGAUAGUUCGAUUCAAAAAUUAAAGAGUUCACGGAUUUUAUUCAAUACUUAUUACAACAAAGAUUAUUUUAACUAAGAAAUAGAGUUAAAGUAAUUGUUAAUGGCGACCAAAAAUAUUUCGUGCAAUUUUGCAACCAGCUGAUUGCCAGUGUGUACACACCUCUGGCGCCGGCAAAAAGCAGUGGUCUAGAAGAAGAAGCAGCUACUCCGUCGGAAAGAAACGGAGUUACGUCCUAAAAAAAUCAUGUCCAGCGAUGAUAGUUGUAGUGACAGCAGUUCUUCCAGCGACGAAAGACACCGGAAACGGAAGCACAAGAAGCACAGCAAAGAUGUGGACAAGUCCAAAAAGAAGAAGUCGAAGAAGCACAAGAAGGAGAAGCGUCGCCACAAGGAGAAAAAGCGAUCCAGGCAGGAUGAGGAGCAGCCAGUGGUUUAUGCACAACCUCCAGCUUUGUUGAGCUCUCCCCCACCUGGUUUAGCUUCGAAUAGGGAAGAUGCUUUUGGUCCUGCCCUGCCACCGCAUUUGAGGAAGCCGCUUCAAGAGGAGAUACAACCGAAACCACAGCCGCAGGCCAUGAUAGGACCCAUUAUGCCCAGCAGCUUGACUCAGGAACAGUCACCCACCAAAGAGGCCGAACCAGAGGACGCUGAUGAUCUAGCCGGCACUUUUGGUCCUCUGCCAAACGCCAGCCAAGUGGCCCUGGAGGAGCGUGCUUUGGCCCUCAAACUGGCAGCUCUGGAGGGCGGUGGAUUGGGUACUUCAACGGACCAAGAAGUGCGCGAAGAGUGGAUGCUGGAGCUGCCGGAAGUGGGAUUAAAGAGCGGCCUUGCAGCCCUCAGCAACAUGAAGCGCACUUUCCACCAGGGAAAGGAGCGACCUGACUUCAGCGAUCGAUCCUCCUGGACAAAGACGCCCCAGAGUGAAGCGGCUGCAGCUGCAGCAGGUCCAAAGUCACUAAGCUCCAAGGAACUGGAGCAGAUGGCCCAGGCAAAGUACGAGCAGCAGCGCGAUGAUGAACAGGAGAGCAUGGCCAAGAAACACAAAAAGAAGCACAAGCGUGAGGAGUCUCUGGUAGAGCUGCACCAGAAAAAGCUGAGAAAGGAGCAGAGGGAAAAGGAAAAGGAACUGGCUGCCUCGGGUUCCAAGCCAGAACGAAGGCCCUUUAGCAGGGAUGUGGACCUGAAGCUCAACAAGAUCGACAAGAAUCAAACCAAGCAGAUUGUGGACAAGGCCAAGAUACUCAAUACCAAGUUUUCUAGGGGUCAGGCGAAGUACUUGUAAAAUCGAUGGACGAAACUAAAUAAAACAUACACCAUUUUUAAGAAAUUUACUAGGUCUUAAGUUCGAAAUAAGUAUAAUUAUUUUAGGCGCUCAAAAAUAGUAUGUUUAAGUACAAAACUAAUUGAAGUUUUUAACAAAUAUGAAAUAUAGAUUGUAAAAAAAAGGAGAAGAUCGCGUUGACGAACAAUAAAACUAAAAAAAUUCUCAUACCUAAAAA